AACCUCAGACGUAUUUUUUCAGAAUAUUAAAAAAAAUGGCAACCGAAAAUCUAAUCCCGCUGGAAUCUAACCCGGAGGUUAUGAACAAAUUUCUACAGAAGCUGGGUGUACCGAGCAGCUGGUCGGUUGUUGAUGUAAUGGGAUUGGACUCCGAAAUGCUCUCCUGGGUGCCUUGCCCUGUGCUUGCCGUAAUGCUGCUUUUCCCGAUAUCCGAGAAAUACGAGCAGCACAAACAGCAAGAGGAAAGUGACAUUUUGUCUAAAGGGCAAGAAGUUUCUAGCGAUAUUUUUUAUAUGAAACAAAAUCUAAGCAAUGCUUGUGGAACCAUUGCCUUGGUACAUAGUGUUGCUAACAAUACUGAUAAGAUCCAUCUGAAUGAUGGUGUAAUGAAAAAGUUCCUAGAUGAAGCUAAAGGACUGGAUGCAGCAGCUCGCGGAGCUCUGUUGGAGAAGACCGAGGGUAUUAUCAAUGCUCAUAAGGAAUUGGCACAGGAGGGCCAAACUAACACUCCCAGUGCCGAAGAUCCUGUCAAUCAUCAUUUUAUUACAUUUGUACACAAAGAUGGUGCAUUAUUUGAACUGGAUGGGCGUAAGGCUUUUCCAGUUAACCAUGGACCAACAACUGCCGAUACUCUACUAGAUGAUGCAGCCAAAGUCUGCCAAGAGUUCAUUGCCAGAGACCCUGAAGAGGUCCGCUUCACAGUGGUUGCUUUAACCGCUACUGACUGAGCAUUUUAAACUUUUUAUCAUAUAAACCUACCAAAAUUUAAAAGACUAGGUCAUUUUCAAGCAAUGUGCUUCAAAUGUUAAGCUUAUAAAGUAUUCUUGUAAUAAAUUUAACAUAAAAAAAACUGCAAUGCAAGGCAAGGCAAGCUUUUGUGAUACCAAUUAAAUAUUUUUUU